CACUCUGAAGUGCGGCAAAAUGAAAAAUCGAACUGAAACCCCCUUUUUCCUUAAGCAUCCACAACAUCGUCAAGCGUGGCAUAAAUUAAUGUUAUUUAAGCUUUCCCCAUAACCGAACCUCCUACCCCAACCCAUCACAACCCCAUCGUCAUUGCUUCGUUCCCCGGCAUCUUCUCCGUUUGCUGCUGCUGCAGAAAAUGAAAAUAAUGACCAGCGAGUAUCCCUUUAGGCCAGUCGACGGUGUAAAUUCGAUUCGAUUGGUCGCGGUUUGGGACAAUUGACAGUUGAAGUUGUUAUUGUUUUUUUUUGGUUGCUGCUUCUGCUGUUUUUGUGAAAUAUCCUUUUUUUAAAUAAAUAAAUAUACAAAAUGUCCGCAACAAAGUUGGCCCGUUUGGUCAACAUCCAUCUGGGGGACCUGCAAACAGACGAACCGAACUGGAAAGUUGACUGGUCUCCGGUGGCCGGCCGUGGAGUGUUUGCCUUGCGAGACAUCGAAAAGGGCGAACUGUUAUUCCGGGAACGUGCCGUAGUUAUGGGACCAACUGCUCGCAAAGGCUCGGCUCUGAACACUUGUGUAGCGUGCUUCAAGUUACUCGACGUCACAGACUUCCUCUGCCCCAAGGGCUGUACACUUCCGGUGUGCGAAAAGUGUGUGGAAUCAGAUAUCCAUAAGCCCGAAUGUGAGCUCUUUCGGGAUUGGCAACCCCUCGAUGUGGGUGGUGUUAGUCCGAUGACUUUAAGGAUACUCACAGCUGCUCGCAGUUUAUUCGUUAGCAAGGAUCAAAAGGACUUGAUAUUUGCAAUGCAGUCAAAUAUCGACCAAGGCUAUCGCAAGGAAAUCAGUCGGGCCGCCGAGGGCUUCAAGAACUUUCCAACGGAUAAGAAAGUCCUUGACUUCCUGCUGAAGGUGGUCGGUGUUCUCAAUACGAAUGCCUUCGAGGCACCCAAAAAAGUCGAUGGCUAUGAAAUACUUUUACGUGGCCUCUUCCCCCUCACCGCCGUUAUGAAUCACGAAUGCACCCCAAAUGCGUGCCAUUAUUUCGAAGACGGCAGUUUGGCAAUUGUGAGAGCGGCUAAAUUUAUUCCCAAAGGUGGCGAAAUAACAACAACCUACACGAAAAUAUUGUGGAGCAAUCUUAUGAGGAGGGUAUUUUUGAAGAUGACGAAACAUUUUAUUUGCGAGUGUAGUCGCUGUAAGGAUCCAACUGAAAACGGAACUUAUCUGGCCGCCCUCUAUUGCCGUGAACCAAAUUGCAAGGGCUGGACAAUCCCCGUACACACAACUGCCAUGCAACCCGAUUGGAAAUGCGGCAAAUGUGGAGUUGUAUCGAGUCAUGCGAAAAUGGGCAAAUACCAGGAUUUUACCCUCAGUGCAAUUCACAAUAAAAUAAACAGUUGCUCCGUCCAUGAUAUGAUAAAUUUCAUCAAUAAUAUUUGUCCAAGGUUCUGUCCGCCAUCGAAUUAUGUCCUUGUCGAGGCUAAAUUAAAUGUCAUCUGGCGCAUGCAACGCAUCAAUGAUGACUACACCGACGACGAGUACCUGGUGAGGGAUCAAUAUUGCAAGGAUGUCAUUGAAAUUCUUGACAAAUUAGAAGCCGGAGAUUGUACUCUUCGGAAAUUGAUAACAAAUGAAAUCAACUCUAAGCAUCCUCCAAAGUAAAACAAUUGAGCAACAUAUUACUUAAUACGAGGAGAAUGUCGGAAAUAAAAAAUUUUAAAAUGUUAAGUCCACAUUGAGAUCGUAAUUCAAAAAUUUGCAUUUUAUCAGCAUAAAUAAAUUGAAAUUUUUUAAAUUAUUUUAUUUAAUUAAACUGUCUACAUUCUUAAGUGGCACUAAGAAUAAAUGAAAAUAUAAUUCAAAUUUUUAAAUUUAAUCGACCUUUGAUAUUGGAAUAAAAUAAUAAUUCUGAACAAAAUUAAA